AUGGCUCCGAACAAAAAACUACACGUCGGCGUCUGCGGAGGCGGCAUGGGAGGAUUGACCGCAGCGAUCGCGUGUGCCCGGGCAGGGGCCAAAGUGACGCUCCUCGAGGCGGCAAGGGAGCUGGGCGAGAUCGGAGCGGGGAUCCAGAUGUUCUCUAACGUCUCCAGAAUUCUGAUUCGGUGGGAUGUGGACAAGAUCAUUGGCGAUGACUUGGUUGCCGUGGAUGAGAUCAAUAGUUGGGGGUUGAAUGAUGAGUUGCUGGGUCGGUUUGAUCCGAAGGAGGGACGCAAGAUGACUGGGUUUCCGCACUGGGUCGUCCGUAGAGAUCACCUCCACGCAGGACUGACCGAGUGUGCUCGACGCAACGGGGUCGACUUGAUUGUCGGGUCUCGCGUCCAAUCUCUCCAACACACCAAGGAAGGAGUCAAGGUCACAACAAUCCAGGGCGUGGAGCAUACCUUUGACCUGCUUGUCGGGUCCGAUGGCAUCAGGUCGACUAUCCGGCAGAACCUGUUUCCAGAGGCUGUCCCCAAAGCUGCAUCCACCGUUGCCGCUUUCCGUGGCGUGCUUUCUUACGAAGAGGUCUUUGCCCAGGUUCCCGAAGCGCGAAUGUGGCUGAGGAAUACGGCCGACGCUUGGAUCGGGCCUCAGGGCUAUAUCCUCCUCUAUCCCCUCUCGGCGGGCCGAGAAUUGAACGUGGUGGCCAUGUUCCAGAUGGACCGCGUCGUCACAAAGGCCGAAGAGAUGGAUAUUGAGGAGUUCCGCAACCUGUACAAGGACUGGAGUCCGUUUGCGCGCAAGGUCCUGGGCCUCCUCAAAAGUACGCAGAUCUGGCCCUUGUUGGUGCUACCUCCCAUGAAGUCGUGGUCCAACGAGCACAAGAAUGUUGUCCUCCUUGGGGAUGCGGCCCACUGCAUGCAGAAUCAUAUGGCUCAAGGUGCCGCCACUGCCAUGGAAGACGGGGUUUUCCUGGGGACAGUCAUCGCCGAAGUGGUUCGAGGGACCAUUAGCCUCCCCACGGCCAUCGAGAUAUAUGAGAAGAAGCGCAUGCCCCGGGUUUGGACUAAACAGCAGGUGUCUUUUGUGAACGGUACGUUCAACAUGGCCGCUGGGGAGGUUGCACAGAAACGGAACAAGGCAUCUCGAGUUGAAGUUGAAUGCUCCGAUCGGAACAUCAUUCAGCCUAACAGAUUGCUGCCGCCGACAUAUCGAACCUGGCAACUGGCGUUCAGCCCAGUCAGUGUCCCAGGUAUCAUGUAUUUCGAUGCUGAGGGAGACGCCGAGAACGCGGUGUGCGAGUAUCUACAGGAGACGACGCCCAUGGACGAGCAAACACUGGUGACCCAGGGCCUCUGGAACAAGUGGUGGGGCGUUGUCGAGAACAAUGGCAUUGAGGAUAGUAUUGGCAAGGUCAACGGUCUUAAGUAG